AAUAUUAGGAUUAUCAAUUAAUAUUAAAGUUUUAAACAGUGUGACUCGCAAUGGAGGUAUGUGAAAGGAAAGUAUUUACUUCAAAUAUAAUAAGAACACAAAGUAAUUUAAAGAACAAUUUGCUCGACAUAUUAAAUAAAGCGCCUAUUUCACCUGCAUCCUAUAAACCAGACACGACCCCUGAAUGUAACUUCGUUCCCAAAUGUGACAAAUAUUAUAUACCAAAGAAAAAAAAUGGUUUGAAAGUAAAAACUGUUCGAGAUAUUAGACAGCUUUUUGAAUUAGAUGUAUAUAGUUACUUGACAGUUGAAUUAGAAAAACAAAACAAUUGGUUAUUGCGUAAAAUUAGACUUGGAUCUUCAAGCAAUGAAAAAACAAAAGAAACAGCUAAAAAUAUGUUAAAGUCACAUACACCUAUUUCAAAAUCGGCGUGGCAAAUGUUAAUGAAUAUUAACCCAGAAGGACAUAAGUUUUCUCGCCAGUAUGUUCUUUGGAAUGGACAUUAUAUUCAAGUAAAUGGAAGUAAGGGGGGGAAUUGUAAAUUUUUGCAUAAAUAUGAUAUAGGUAAAAUCAAAGAAACACAAUUAAAUAUUUCAACAGUUCGUAGAAAUAAUUUAAGAAGAAAGAAAGGAUUACUACAAAAUUCUUUAAAUGUAAAAUUCAAACCUGGGCCGCUGACAAAGAAAAAAAAUCUUGACACUUCAUACCAAAAAUAUCAAUUCGGAGAUACGGAAUUAGUUACUUUACCAAAGCCUGGUCUAGACAUAACACCGUCUUACGGUAAACCUUUGUCACCUGCCAUUAAUACGUUUAUUCAAAAUGCCUUUUUGCUCAAUUCUGAUGGAGCUAUAUCACAAAAGUGGGCAGAUUUUGCAGUUUCUGUUUUAGGGACUAAUAAAAAUGGGAUUCCAACUCAAUUAAAAGAGAAUUGUAAUGUAACUUUUGACAUGGACUAUAAAUGUUAUCAACGUAGAAUACUUAUGCGUAAAGAUAGUGAAAAAAUUAGUCUUGAAAAGGUAAAUGAUAUGUCGUUACAUAUAAAAGAAGACGAAUCAAUAAUUGAAACAGAAGUUAAUAAUAUUUUAAAAAAAAUAAUUGAUUCGGUUGAAAUAAGUUUACAACAAAAUGAAAUGUUUUUUGGAGAAGAUGAAGUUAGAGAAGUAACAUCUGAAGACAACUUAAAUUCAAAUAAUAUCGUAAAAGAUAAAGGCAAACGGAAGUACGGUGAACUUGAUAGACUCGAUGUUACUGUUAUUAGAAUUUCCGAAGUUCCUGAAUUAAACAAAAAAGACAUUUGUCAUAAUGCUUAUUGUAAUCUAGGGUGUGUUUGUGAUUCUUUAAAAUAUUCUUACGGCUUCAAAGCACAUUGUGGUCGAAUUGAAUGUAUGUUCCAAUGUAAAUGUGAUUUUUCGAAAUAUAAACUAUCGGAUUCGCUUGAUACCAAUUGUCCUGAAAUAAUUCCCGGAUUAGUAAAUCUAGACAAUAAAUUAGGACAAACGUUGUCUAAAGAGGAACAAAAAUUUCAUCAAACUGUAAUUGUAACAGAUGAAAAAAGUAUAUUGGUUAAGUCACGGAAAAGAAAUUGGAAAGCAUCAAAAAGAUAUGCAGAUUUUUAUAGUAAUAUGCUCUUAAAAGCAGAUUCAGUCCCAAAGAAAACGAUAAAAAUAGUUUGUACCAAACUGAAUUUGAAAAAUGUCGAGCCCUGGUGCCUUGUUCACAAUCUUUACAAGUGUUUUUGUAAAGGUAAAUUUACAGUAAGUUGUUCACGUUCUGCGGAAGUUGAUGAAUUACUUAAUAAUAAAGCGUCGGAAAAAUACAAAAAACCUGUUGAUGAUAUCGACUUAACUAUAGAGGACAAUACUGGUGUAGGUAACAUUAAUAAUCCCGAUAAUAAAUUAUAUCUAGACAGCUAUAGCGCUAGAAAACGUUGCGUUAACGAUAGUAUUGAGUCAUCGAUAAAUUCUGUAGUUCGUGAAAAUAAUAGAUGUUCAAGAACCUUAUCGUAUAAGAGAAAAUACGAUGAUGAAUAUUACAUUAGUACAAAUAAAAAGAUCUUGGAGAUGGAGCAAAACGAUAAAACCUUACGUAAAAGAUUAUUAAGUAUAAUUAAUAAGGAUGAUACUCAUGAUAAUAAUCUUUUUUAUAACAUAGAUGUUCCCCAAGUUACUGAUUCACCUCCAAAUUUGAAUGACUUAAUAAACAAUGCUGUUGAGGAAAUUCCAGUUGACUAUAAAAAUGUAAAAAAGCUAUCUAAUAAAAAGCUUGUAACGUGGCUUGAAUCUAAUUACAAACAGUAUAAAGAAAAAUCUAGUCAAAGUUUGAAAAAACAUUAUUUGCAACCACCGAGACUGGGUUCGAUUGCGUUAUAUCCAUGGGACUUCAUAUUAAGUAGAUAUCGAGAAAGAAAAAAUCUUUUUCUUAUUUCUAAACAACAACCAUUUCGUAUUUUCAUGGCAGUGGAUAUCAAGAACAGCUUGUUUGAUAAUUGUAUUAAUAUAAAUGAUAUUGCCUUGUCUGAUCUUCAUAAAUAUCCAGUAACAGUAAAAAAUUUACUUACAAAUGCGACUGAUCUAAAAGAUAAUUUCUGUAUAUUAUCCGGAUUAUUACAGUGUUGGGAGUUAGUAGGAUCAGUUUCAAAAGUAAGCAACGUUACAAGAAAUCCAACACAGGAAGGUGAACUGGAUAAAUCUAUUGAACAAGGAGUUGAACCGCAAAAUGAAUGCUGGUCUGAUUUAGAAUUUUCACCAGUUUUAUCACCAAACUCGGAAGAUUUAAAUAGUUCCGACGUCUUAAUACUUGACAAUAAAGAAGCCUCCAAAAAAAAUACUGAACAAUCUAAAUGGUUCAUAAUGACCGUUGAAGAAGAUUUCGCUGAAAUUAGGUUUUACAAAAAAGGAUUUUUUGUAAAGUAUGAAAGCAUCAUGAACGCAAUCAAUGUUGCAAAGUUGUCAGGAAAAACUGUUAAACUUUCAUCACAAAACUGCAAAUCUGUUCAAACUUUUCCGACUUUUGGUAUAUAUGCUAUACCAAGUGAUAUAAAUCAUUAUGUAUUCAUAGGUCCUUAUGACAAAGAUGAAGCUUUAGGCAUAGAGACUAUAAAAACUAUACAUGACAUAAAAAAAGACAGUAGAACAAGAGGAUCAUGGAUUACAAUAAAUAAAGUUGAUAAUUUAAAAGUUAUUGAUAACCCUUUAAUGUAUAUACCACUAAGAGACUCUAAUAAUCAACAAAUAGUUGCUUUAGAAAAUGAUUACAGCAGUAAAGACGAUAGCUGUUUAAAUACAGGUGUUGGUCAACAGUUACCUACGAAGGGAGUCACUGGUAAAAUUGUUAAACCAAUAAAAAUUCCAAGGACUAAUUCUUUUUACAUGAAAUAUCCCAUGUUUGUAAAAAAGAACUCCAUAUUAAUUAAUAAAAAUAUUAGCGGCUCCGGCACACCUGUAAAAUUAAAUUCAAAGUUAGUAGUCUGUCCGAAUAUAGGCAAGCAUGCCGUACAAACAAAUCAGAAAAUAUUAUUUCGAUGUCAAAAACCUGUAGCAGAAAUUGCACCGCAGAAAAAAGUUUCCAAUAGUGGUAGUGUUUCUAAUAAUAUACGGGGAAAAAAAAUAGAAGGAAGUAUGUUUGUGCUUAAACCAGAAGAGAUAAAUAAAAGAUCGUUUGAAAAACAAUUAUUAUCUCAACAACAACAACAAACUCAAGAGCCUGCUGAAGAUAAUUCAUUUGCCAAUAUGGACAUCGAAAACUUUCUUGAGUCGUCAGUAAUUUGUUCACCCCCACAACAUGAAUGCUAUGUUAUUUCGGAUGAUGAUGACGACAAUGUAAGCAAUCAAACCGCAAAAGAUGAUAUUUUAAAAGAUGUUUGGAUUGUUUGUAAGAAUAUUGAAAACUUAGGUUGGAUUCCUGGGAGACGAAAUUCUGUAGAUAACUUAAGUUUCGAAUUUCCUGGUUUUAAAUACAGCGAAUUCUACAAUGAAAUUGAAGCGUUUAAUAAAAUUAAUCAAGUUUUAUCGAGAAAAAUUUACAUUCCGAGACAUAUUACUUUGGAGUGGCAUGCACUUGAUACAUUGCCUGAAAAAAAGAAACUGGAAGUAAAAGAAUUGUCCAAUGACUACGUGUUAACUAAAAAAGGUUUACAACAUAAGUCCGAGUUAUUAAAGAAGUUAAAAUCAGUUACCAAUUCGAAUAAUGCUACAGGAGCCUGUAAUUCUGACCCAACAGAUAAGAAAUAUGCUUUGUUUCGUGAUUUAGAAGAAACUAGUGAAACUUUAGAGGAAGAGGGAGUAUUCCUUUGGAAGAUGACACGGUCGAAAAAAGAUGAAAUUUUAACGUCACUUUCUAAAGCGUCUGAAGAUCUACGUAAAGAAUUGUCUGAGCAGCUAAAUAUCAUGCAAAAUAGUACAGAAGAAUCCGACUAACAAAAUCACGUGUAACAUAUAUACAUAUCCAUAUGACAUUUUAUGUAGUUUUUCAAUAUCAGCAAAACUCAGACCAUAGACUACGUCUAUUUUUGUCUGUUAUCGCCAAUUAAUAAACUUAUAACUUUCAGGAGUUUUCCAUUAACUGUUUGUUUUGUGGAACUAUAAUGUUCUUUAAUUUUAUUAGAGUUUCUAUAAUUUACAGUCCAUAAUUGUUUUUAAUUUUGGAUAUUAUUUCUUUGGAUGUAAUUUUCAAUACUACUCAAUACUAUAACAAUUUUACCUACGACUAUAAUUAAACAACACUCGUGUAUUAAAGGCUAUUUUUAAAUAGGAAUAAACUACGAAUUAUUUUUAAGAAAUUUUCGUUAUAUUAAACUUGGCUGAGAAGGAAUAAAAUUGUUUCCAAUCCUCAGUAGAACCGUCUAAAAAAAUGUUAUUCAAUAAAUUUAAAUUUGGAGAUCACCACUUUUGAAAAUUAAAAA